GAGAGAGCUGACUGGCAGGCAGGCCGACCAGGUUGGUUAGCUUAGCCUGCUCAUUGUUUUAAAUGAGUGAAAAUGAGGAUUACUGUGGCUUGUUUGGCGCUUGUGACUUUUCUGUGGCCUGUCGUCAGCAGAGGUGACAAAGAUGUUUGGUGUCGUCUCAAUGAGAGCUGCCUUUUACAGGCAAACUUUACUGUUGGACAAGAUGUGGUCAUACACUGGCAGAAGAAGUUGAAGGAGGACAUUUAUGUCCAUUCAUACUACUACAGUGUGGACCAGCUGGUACUCCAGGACAAACAGUUUAAGAACAGGACUUCACUGUUCAAGGAGCACAUUAAAGAUGGGAAUUCUUCUCUCUUGUUGAAGAAAGUGGUUGCAGCUGAUGAGGGAAGGUACAUGUGCUAUGUAGGAACCAUCAGUGGAAAAACUGAGUCAUUCAUCAAGCUCCAUGUAGAAGCUGCGGUCACCACAAUCAACAUCCAGCAAGAUGGCAACAAUCUGACGUGCAGCUCAAGCGGAAUCUACCCCAAGCCUCAACUCACCUGGUCCACCGAGCCUUUGCUUCCUCACGCCCUCCAGAACGCCACGAAAGUCGACAACGGCACAGGGGAGACACUUUACAGCAUCAGCGGCUGGCUGGUCGUGGCGGGGGACAACACUUCUCAGGUGGACUACAUCUGCCACGUUAGAAGCCACAGCAGCAGGAGGCUCACCUGGAAGAACGGAUCGACUGUCAGCUUUUCUGGAUCAGAGACCGUCAUCAACUGUCCCUUCUUGACUGGUGAAAGGAGCAUCGUCUGGAUGUUCAACAAUCGUACCAUCGUGAAGAUGAGCGACGGCGCUAAGAACAUCAGUGAGGAGUGGAAAGAGCAGAUGAAGGACGUGUCCACUUCAGGCAGCCUCAGUCUGCACAGUCUGUCCAGCGACCAUGAGGGAAGGUACACGUGCCAAGUGGACAACGCCACGGAAACACGCGUGAUCAACUUCUUCUUGAGUGUGGCGGGCGUGAGUCACAGCACGUCAUACUGGUGGUUCCUGCUCGUGGGUCCGGUGGUUGGGUUUUCUUACCGGAAGUAUAAAAGUAGAGACGUCAGACAAGGAGAAUUGCGGGUGCGUCUCACUGUUUGUUUUGCUGUCAGGAAGUGUAUCCAAGAGUCCCAGGAGUAA